AUGCCUAUCGCUUGCCUGCUGCCAAAGCAAGUAAAUUUACUGGCGUCUUCAGGUGGCCACAGCACGGGAAGCAGAGAGAGAAACUCGAGACGUGUAUCCGUGAAUAUUGGAGUGAUUGUAAUAGAUCUUAUCACCAAUGGCCAGUGUUGGAUCGAGCUUGAUCUGUUCCCAGGAACCCAAGCCGUAAAUGUAUAUGCCUUUGAGCAACUUCGUAUCUUCCUCAGUACCCCAUUCAACAUCAAAAUGUGCAGAUUUUGUUUUAGCGUCAAACCUCCAUUUCAUUCUUUCUUCAUCAUCUGCAGGAAUAAAAUGCAGCAAAAUAGUAACUGCGCCAUUUGCAGUUAUCCGUUGGCGCGCGGCAAUUGCAGGAUCGUGGGGAAGAGGGGAAUUAGUACACUGAUCACACAGAGCAAACGCGUGGAAGACAAAAAAUGGUUGGAUUGGGAAAAAAAGGAAAAACUGGACUGCCAUGAGAAGUGUAGACUUUCAUACUCGGUCAGUGGAACGUAUACUCAGCAUUUUGCGUUGAAUGCACCAAAUAACAAUGUCGUAGCUGCAAGGGAUGAGGUUCCUGAUUUCCAUUACGCGGAUAAUUGCUUCAUUUGUGGUUUGAGUAUAAUAAAAGAUGCGAAAACAAAAAUCUGUACAGACACACAAAAAGAGACGCGUGAUAACUUGAUUGCAAUGGGAAAGGAAAGAAAUGACUCUUUGGGAAUUAGCGUUGUUGAAAGAUUAGAGAACAUUUCUUGCUUAAUUCGCGUACAAGGCAGAUACCACCGGACAUGCAUGUCUCAUUUCAAUGCGUAUGGUUUAAAAACAAAUAUCGAUGAUCUAAACUGGUCUAGAAUCGAUUCAUUGUUAGAACCUGUGUGGCAAGUUCUUGAAGAAGACAAAAAUGUUAUUCAUUAUUUGUCGAAGUUAGUAGAACUUGUGGAUGAUGACUCUAUAGAUAGAAGGACUCUAGCAGGUCACAUUAAAAAACGUUACGGUGAGGAAGUUGAGUGCAGUAUAAUGGGGGGAAAAGAUAUACGUGUAUGCUUCAAAAGUCAUCAUGUUUUUAAUGUGUCAGCAGACCCAUCAACUUUCACAGAAGGGCAGAUACAAGUUAUUUUGCUUCAGGCCUCAAAUAUAAUGCACAGAGAGAUUCGUAGCAAGCAAUUUUACGAACCGUCCAACCAAUUUGUAAGCCAUCUUUCCUCCGAUUAUCCACCCCACUUUUCGUUCUUUAUUGAGCACUUUCUCCUUAUCGCUGACGAAGAGGAAGAUAAAAAAGCAAAGUCUGUGAAGCGAGACAUGAUAUCUCAAUGCAUACUUUCAUUCAUUCAGCCACGUACGUUUUUGUCCACCCUCCACUUGUCGAUUGGGACAUUGAUUCUGAGAAAAACAGGUUCCAAGUACAUCAUAAAUCUUCUGCAUGCAUUAGGCGUUUGCACUUCUUACUACAAUAUUGAAUUGUAUGAGGCUUCAACAAUAGUGAAUCCACCCAGAUUCAUCAUCGAAAAACCUUUCGUACAAUUUGUAUUUGAUAAUACUGACCACAACGUCAGGACCCUGGACGGACGGGAGACUUUCCAUUGUUUAGGCGGAAUACAGGUUUACACUCCGGAGCACGAAAUCACACAAUGUGGAAGUGUCGAAAAACUUACUGAGAUGCCUUCCGCAAAUAUCCUUGCAAAGCAAGAACAAAUUCCAAUCUUCCCUUACGUCGAGCCGCCAAAAGAGGGCUUGAAACUUAUAGAAUUCAUCGAUACAAAUUUACUGACCAUGGUCGACAUGCCUCUAUUCCCCCCUACUUACUCAACUUAUUUGUGGGCUAAAUACGUUGAUCCUGAGAAUGUACCAGCAUGGCGAGGUUUCAUGGAGUUAUUUUCGGAAAAUGAAAGUUUCCAAAGGUCGGGGGUGCAAUGCCAACAAUUCAUUAACGAAGUUCCAUCUAGUCUAACAACCAUUUAUACAUCAAUCAUGCAUGCAAAGAGCGAAACCCGUAAAUGUGGUCAAAAAACCACUAUCUUAACUUACGACUUGCCGUUGUACAUGAAAUGUCGCGAUAUUAUAGCGAAGUUAAUGUUGCCCGACGUUUUUGUUCGCUUAGGCGGAUUCCACAUGUUAAUGUCUUUUUUGGGAGCAAUAGGUAUUAUCAUGGGAGGAAGCGGACUUGAAUCUAUUUGGGAGCUUGCUUACGCUAGUGAAUCCAUAAAGAAAAUGAUGGACGGGCACAAUUAUUCAAGAGCAGUCCGAGCACACAUUUUGAAGUUUAAAGCUUUAGGCAUCGUAAUUUGUGUUUCAAUCGAAGAAAAAGGCGAGAUCAAAGGGGUUAUCGCAUCAUUGAUGCGUGUCUGGCAGAAAAAUCCUCUCAAGCUAGGGGACAGUGACUCUGAUAAGGACCUGAAGAAAAUGUCUGAUUUGUUUUAUACAAAGUUGAAGCAAUUGAAAAAUAACGACCCAACAGCCAAGUUGUGGGUGCAGUACAUUGAAGCCGUGCUUUUUGUCUUGCGUUUUAUUGAAGCAGAACGUCUUGGAAACUGGGACCUUCAUCCUAUCACCUUGGUCAAACUCUUGCAACAUAUAAGGGAUUCAGUUUUACCGUGA